UCGACUCAGUUCUGUUGUGGCUCUGGUGAAAACUACAGGAAAAGGAAGCAAUUGGAAAAAAGUCGGUUGGUACAAUAUAGAAGCCGAACGUUAACAGAGAGGGGGUUAGGGUGAUGAGAUGGGCGAGUUCACGUUUGGGAGUUCCCGUGAGGUGCUGCCCCUUUGUAGGAAGCAUGACGAGGACAGGGACAUGUGCUGUGAGGACUGUAAGACCAUCUUCUGUGUGACGUGUGGUCAGACAGAACACAAAGAACACAACUGGGGCAGCAUCAAGAAAAUAUCGUCCGAAAAACGGAGAGACAUUCCCAAAAUCAGCCAGGCAAUACGUGGCUGUGUGCAGGAAAUAACCGAGAGCCUCUCCUUCGUGUCUCAGAUGGAGUACGAGCAAGAAAAAAGACAUUCGGGGCAAAUCAGAAAGCUUGUGAAACAGCAGGACGAGAUGGUAUCCGAGGUGUUCAAGAUCACUAACGCCAACAUCGAGAAAUCCAAAGGAAUCUACUCCCGUUGUCAACAAAAGCUUGCUACCUUAAAAACCAAUAUGAACAACUAUAAACGAGAACUGCUGGAUAAGGUCCAGUUUCUGGACUCGCAGUCAGGUAGCAUGACGGGAUUCCAGCUGAUCGAGACAAGGAACGACGCUGAGGCAGUGAUUGCUGAGGUCAACAACAUCGACUUGACGGCGUACGGACAUCUACCCUGCUUCUUUAAAGGUCAGAUGGACUACCAAGCACUGAAGGCCAUGUACGGUACACUGAUGGACCCGGAACAUAUAAAAGUAUCGAGACUAGCGAAUUUCAAGAACUUUUCGAACACGAUCGUCUCCAUACAUUCGGUAUCGGAAGAUUUGGCCUGGGUUCACGGAUGGGACUGUAGUGCCUAUUUAUUGAGCAAUAUUGGUGUUACUAAAAAGACGAUAGAAAUGAACAGUCUUUCUAACGACUUCAUCGUGGGACCCGGUGGGAUUCACAUCUUUACAGACUUUGAAAACGAUGAAAUUAAAAAAAUGGAUGAAAAUGGAAGAGUCUCUGUCAUUGUAUCGACGAAGCCGCUCACCCCCAUUGGGAUUGGGAAAUCUUUGGACGGGAACAUGCUAGUGGCGCUGGUAGAUGACUACAGCUUCAAGAUCAACACAAACAGCAAACGCUUGCUCAAGCUGAUCUCCAUUGACGGAGAAGAAAUGAGGGCGUUUGAAUUUGAUAAAGAUGGCUCAACAAAGCUGUUUACCAAACCUCAUCGCGUGUUUCAAAAUUAUAACACUGAUAUUUGCGUCAUAGACCAGAUCGGCCAAUCAAGUGGCGUUCUCCGGGUACUCUCGUCAGAUGGCGCAGUCAAGUUUGAUUACCGCGGGAAUUAUGUCAAGAAACGUUUUGAUCCCCGUGGGUUGGUGUGUGAUGGAAACUGUAACAUAAUCGUCACCGACUGCCUCCAUAGCUUCAUCCACAUGUUGAGUCCGUGUGGCGAGUUCAUCCGGUACAUUGUGACUAAGCAGGAGGCGAUCGAUUCGCCAUACUCGGUUGACCUCACAAAGUCUAGUUUGUGGGUAGGUGGAAAAAAUGGAGAAAUCAGUGUGUAUCGAUAUAUUUCUGAUCCAAACAAUUAAAGUAUAUCAAUGGUAUUUCAAAAUGUGAAGUGACAAAAUGAAAAAAAAAACGUGAUCACAUUUACCGGUACUCAAAAUUUGAUACAAUCGCAUUGUUUCUUUUCAACUCAAACUUUGAGAUAAACUUGCUAUUGAAUUACCAUGUACUACUCUAUGCAUCUACAAGUAUUGAAGUUGUAUCAUGGUUAAUAUCUACUGUUUGCAAAAAUGUUUGAUAACGAUUUCCUUAAAAUAAAUAUAAUGUAUUUUUGUCUUUACGUCAAAUUGGAAAAGUUAUUGGUCAUUUUGACUUUAUAAUUAACCCCGUGUUGUGUCUCUACUCUGGGAAUAAGGAAGUUGGAAACGGGAACAUCACAAAGCAUUUAUUAGUCCCUAUUAUCCCAAUACACGGCUCUGCACAAGUUCCUUGAGAUAGCUCUGACUUCAGACAUCACCCGCCUGUAUUUUCCUGUCAGUAACAGUGCUAACUGGGAUGUGUCGUGUUGAAUUUUGAUUUAAAGACUCGUUCACACGUAAACGUAAGACUUUAUUUGGCACUUAUAAUUAAGUGCUGUUGAAAUAUUAUAUACUGAAGUGAUAGAACUUGUGUAGUGGUAGGCCAGAUGGCCUUUCCGGUGCCAGACUAACCAUGAGGAAGUUCAUAUUGUGACAAAACAAAUGUCAGUGGUUUAAUUUUUGAAAACAUGUUUAUUUACUAGCAAGGAGAAAAAUCAUUCUGCUGCAACAAUACAAUUUGAACCAUAGAUAUCGGCUUAUAUAGUCCCAUGGUAAAGCACCUGACUCUGGUUUUACACCUGAUCCAAAUCAUUUAUAUUCACAAUUCCUCCUAGGACGACUACACUGUAUACCACACAACAAUUAUAACAGGAGUAAUAUUGCAAUAUCUUAAUUUAUUAUCAAGAUGUUGGACACAAGUACAUGUAUAUCACAAGCAAUAUAAAAUAAAUGUUGAUGGAUAAACUGUUCCGAUAAAGAUUGUGGUGGCUACUAGUAUCUGGACAAACAUGGUCUCCAUUCAGGUAAAACAUGGAAUCCAAGUCUUGAAGCUCUGUCUUUUCUCUCAGCAGCAAAGAGAAAGGUAAUUCAACCUUCCCUUAAUGUGUC